AUUAUCAGACCGAGAGUGAUCCGCAGUAUUCCUGGGCGCCCCUUCAACUAAGCCCAUUCAAAGCGAACCAACCGGUGUUCCAAAUCAAAGUCGCAACCACGGCUUCCCCACAGGAAAGUCCCGCGCCAGCGGCCGCGGAAGGACAAGUGCCCGAAAGUGUUGAAGAGAGACGUACCACUGUCAGCCCUGCCUCAUCCGAGGAGGACGACGCCGCCAUGGAGGCCCUCAGAAACCUCGAGUUCGGUAUACCCGACUGGCUACAUCGCCUAGAUGAGCUCAACGGCCAAAUCGAACAGCGCCAGCAGGAGUUGGCCCAACUUACCGAGUCCAAGCCAUCAUCGCCCGGCAGAGAGCCAGGAUCCCCGUCACGGAAGUCUUUGAGGAACAAGGGGUCAACCGAAAGUCUUAGGCCAAAAGAUGAGCCGUCCGCCCAUCCAAACUACAAGGAGGACGAGACAACGGAUAAACGACCAACUAGCCCCCAAACGCCAGGUUCUCCCGGGGCCCUGCAGCGAACAACAUCGCAAGUCCGUGCAGCAGGUCAGGCCAAGGCGCGUGCUACCCUUCGCAAGCGCCAACGAACUGACUCAGUCAUGAGCGCCGAGAAUGCCGACAAGCCACCAAAGUACCGCAGCCGGAGCAUGAUCAUUGUCUACUACGACAGCUAUGUUCAGAGCUUUUUCGAAGAGCUGGUCAAGUUUGUGAGCGCCAGCAGGAACAUGAUGCGCAAGGCCAAGAUGGCAGCCAAGGUUGCACAGAUCAAGAGGUUAGCGGAGCUCAACACGCCGCCCGACGAUGAUGAUAACGGUGGAGAUGCCGCGAACGGGGAACUGGUGCCCGACCCCAAGGCAGUGAACAACAUCGAUGCGUCGGCCGCCGCUCUGGCCGCGGAGAACCUGGAUCCAGUCCAAGCAAUGUUAGCUGCUCGUCGCGCGCGCGACCAAGUCCGCAUGCUGGCCCAAGGUGGUGGAGUACGCGCCAACCCCUUGGCCGGUAUCCGCAUGAGCGCGGCUAUGGGCCGUGCCGGUGCCCGCCAACCGCCUCAGGGUGCCGGGCCGGACGUCUACGAUGCGCUUGAUAAUGGUCUCGAGUUCGUCCAGUCCAUGUGCGAGCACGCCGCCCAUCAGUUCCUUCGUGACGGCGACUGCGGCGAGGAAGUCACCAAGAUCAAGCAGCGUCUGUCGCAGACCAAGGACUUGGCUUCCAAGGAGAUGGAGCGUGUCAGGCGCGAGGAUCUUGGUGGAGAUGGUUCUGGCGAACCGGUCGCUGGUGGCGCGGCCGGAUCGAUGCCCAGGGGAGGAACCUCUGUUGCGAGCGCCAUUCCUAUGGGCAUGGGAGCAAGGAGUUACAGACCCCAGAGCAUGAGGAGGGUGACGAGCGUGAAGAGCACAAGGAGCUCCGUGAAGGAGGCGGCCAAGGAUAGCGUGGUGGUGACGGUGGUAGAAAAGGGAGUCAAGAGGACGGCACCGGCGACGGAGUCGGAGGGAAGCACAGUGAGCGGGAGUGUCAAGGGUGAUGCCAAAAUUGAGGUGGAUGAGGGUCUGGAGGAUGGGGAUGCCAGUGCUGCCAAUGAUGGGAUAAUAGCUGCGGUCGACCCAUCAGCGGAUCCAGAACCCAUAGACAUAUCGAAGUUGGUCUAUAGGAGUACCCGGUUGAUGAGGUAAAGUGGGAUGAGUAGUAGUAGUAGUGGGAGUAUGGGAGUCUGAAAAAAAGGAAAAGGCAUGUUGGAUAGGAAUUGCUGUCUGUUUUGUUUUUGGGUAGGCGAGCGAGCGACUGAGCAGCUGAAUGGGUAGGUGAACGAAAUGUCUGGGAAAGGUUAUUUAGUGUGUGUUUGGGAAACCAUGUAUUGGAUUGGGAUGAGGUCUCUCCCGCUGGUCUGCUUUUUUAUUAUCAUCAUCCAUCUAUGAUCUCUCUCUAUAUAUCCUCAAAAGAAAUCUCGGCUUCCUUCUU